AUGGUAAUACUAUCACAAGAUGUCGUUUUACGCAGAUUGCAGGAUGUAAGUUUUUUGUUUAUAUUUCUCGGAUCAAUUUCCCACAUAAAUUGUACAGAUACAAAAUCCGACUCAAGAAGCUAUCGAAACUAUGUCCCUGUGGAUAAUGCACUACAAGGACAAAGCUUCGAUAGACGUAAUCGUCGAAGGAUGGCUGAACGCUUUUAAAAUUGGUAAGCUCUUUUUUUGAAAAGUUCAUGAGGGGUUUUUUCUAAACUCUUUUGACAUAUUUAUGCAAUUUUAUCAUCUUUCCACCAUGUAAAUUUUUUCUGUCAGCUUCGACCGACCAACAGAGAAUCGCUCUAUUCUAUGUGAUGAACGACGUAGUGCAGAGAGCCAAAAGCAAACACGUCGAUACGUUGAUUCCUGCCUUUCAACCGGCGGUUCUAACAGUCGUCGGCAUAGGAAAGUGAGUGUCACGGAGAAGUUUGCAAACGGUUAGGAACUUUCAAGGAAGUAUGACAGUGUCAAAGUGGUCAUGCGCAAAUGUAUCAACAUAUUUGGAGACCGGCACGUUUUCACAACGGCCAGCGUGACUGCGAUGAAGAACCUCCUGGGUAGAGGAACCGAAGGUUUUCAAGACACAACGUCGUUUUCAGAUGUCGAGGACACUCUGGAAGCCGAAGAGAACGCUUUAGACAUUGACAGUGACGAGAUUCAACGAAAGAUUGAAGAUUUCAUGCAGGUAUGAGAUACGAAAUCUCCUCGGCUUAUGCUGUAACUUUUUGAGGAACGCGACUUGAUCAACGAUAUGAGUAGGACACUCGAAGAUUCCGAUUUCAACUAUCGGGAAAAGAUUCGAACUCACAUGAAAGGUAUUUCAAUUUCCGAUAUACAUACACAUGUCUUCAGACCGCUCUGUGGGUGCUGCGGUUCUGGAGGAGGUCCGCGAGGCGAUAAGUGCAGUAGUAAACGUGCGACACGCAAUGGAGGCGCAUAAGAAAAGAAUGAUCGAACUGAUCGAGACUGCCGAGUUGGCCAAACGCGUGUAUGGCCAUCAACUUCGUGAAGUCACGAUUGUUGAGGAUGUGAGAACUUCUUUUUUAUUCUUGUUCUUAGGGACCUAAGAAGGGUCCCUUGAAGGACCACUUUAUCAACCCCUAUAGGAGCCACUAAAGCUUGCAAGUGGUCCGAUAAGGGUUUUAGUUGGUGUCUCCUAUAGAGGACGUGCUAGUCAUUAGUUUUUAUGAACGCUAUGCCUCCGUUUUACCCAUAUAGGGACCACUUUUCGGCCUCCAUAGGGGCUGUUUUUCCCCUAACCCCUUUAGGGACCAUUCUGAAAUUCUUGAGUUACACAAGUGUUUACAGGCCUACCAAAAGUUCGGUCAAGGCGUCAAGGAAGUUCGCUCAGAAGUGAUGGUAUGUCUCGUUCAUCAUGUUAUAAAUGCUGUUUCGGCUUCCAGGAGAUGGAGAGGACUGGCUCCUAUCCAGGAAUGACCCCUCCUCGCGAUGCUCCUUCCCCCACGGCAAACGAUGACAUUUACGCGACGGGAGUCGAAGUUGUCUUGCAGAGUGAGAGAUCAUGAAAAACCGGAAGGAAAUCAAAAAGUUUCAGACCUGCGAGCACCUACAAGUAGAGAUAACAGAGAAGAGACGGACAUGGAGAUUGGCGACGACGAAGAAGAUUCCGCCGCGACGACCUCCUUCCAGAAAUUCGGCAAUAUUCAAAAUGCCGCUUCUUCCGCCCGUUUACAGGUUUUGUAUGAUUCUUUCUGUCUGAUUCAAUUUUCCGGUUAAGUUUCAAGCUCCGCCGUCAAUUCCUCAACAAUCGCUGCAAUCGCGCAUCGCUGAGUUAGGCCUUAUGAAACCCAAAAACAAAGACGAAGUGAGCUCACCUGGAAAGAGUAUGUUCUGAUGUUGUAUUUAAAGGUAUCUGCCACAUCCUCGGCCGCAUCUAUAACUAAUAACAACCCGAAUAUCACAAGCCCGCCAGGUAAUUUUUAACUCAGGUUUAAAACUCUUACGCUAAACUUUUGCUUGAAAAUAACUAUUUGUGUUUUUUCUUGCAUCUUUCUGUUGUGUGAUUUUUUAUCAUUUGUCUUAGGAGUGGUCCCUAUAGAGGUAAGGGUGAAAACAGCCCCUGCAGGGACCGAAAAAGUAGUCCUUACAAGGGUAAAAUCAAGGUGGUCCCUAUAGGGGUCGUUCAAUUUUACUCAAAAAAGUUGUUUUUUUAGCUUCUUGCAUGAAAAUGUUUCUUCGCUCAAAAUUCAUAAAAAAAAUAUCGACUAUAAUGUCCCCUAUAGGGGCCACUAACUAAAAAUCUUAUUGGGACUAUUUUUGCAAGCUUUCGUGGCCUUUUGGGACCACUCUGGAGCUCCUAAGGUGUCUUUUAAAGUUUUUCUUUUCAUUCACUUCUAGUAGUUAAUUUUUUUUUUGUGUUUUUAAGAAACACGAAUUUGAAGCUAUUUUUAACCAACACGUUGCAAAAAACCUCUAAUUGCGACAUGAUUUUCACGAAUUUCAAGAAAUAUGUUUUUCUAGCUCUACCUGGUGUCGGACUCGUUACCGGAGCUCGUAUUAUGGCACCUCCUCCGAUGAGCUUCACAAUGCCGCCGCCAGCGAUGGGAGACUUUUCGGUUCCGCCUCCCGGCUUUCCACCACCUCUUCAGUUCCUCGCAGCACCGCCAGUCCCUCCGACAGUCAUGCCGGAAUCAAAGCCAGCUGCGGAAACUCGUCCAUACCCCGAGCAGCAUAUUCCUCCCGCCACGAUCAACCUCCCACCGCCAGUUUCUAUCCCCCCGUCUCAACAGGCCAACAUCCAAGCCCUCCUGAAGAAUCUACCUUUGCGACCGCCGAUGUCAGCUCCGCACGACGAUGGCUUCCACAUGCAACCGCCCCCGAGGCUCCCAUCUUUUGAGCCUCCUCGAGCUCACGUCCCGACUCGUGAGCUGCGGCCGAGCGACAACCAAACCGAGGCCUACACGGCCAUGCCUGACUACGUUACGAAUCCUUCUGGCAUGGGUCUUCCACCAAAACAGCCCUUCAUGCCUCAACCUUCGAUGUAUGGGAAUCCAAACACUUCGUCUGCGGUAAGUUUUUCAAUCACAUAUGUUGAGAUUAUUUCCAAAAAAUUUUUUCAUCACUGUUCAUUUCGCUAGAAGUACAGUAUAAGAGCAGGAAAUUUUUUUAGGCUUCAAGUUGUUUAAAUUAAACUAUUCUUUAUUUUCAACUGAAGCCAAAAAAUAAGGAUUUUCCAAUUGAUUAACUGAUUUUUUUAAACUUACUCCGGCUGAUUCUCCGAUCUUCUUUCGCAAAUUUUUUCAAAAUCAAGGUCCGGAGUUUGCAGUUCGUGUAAAAUGCGUUUUUAAACCAUUUUGAAAGUUUAUCGAAAUUAUCUGCAUUUAUUCAAUAUAAAACGACAAAAAUUCUUUAGGAAUUAUUUGAUGUAACUGAUAAACUUUAUCAACAAAACCGUGUUAAGACUCGAUUUUAUGCUUUCUAGUUGCCAACCGACUCUGAUGAUCGUGUGCGACCGCCGUCUAAUGGGUACAAUCCGCCGCAAGCUUCUCAAUAUCCGAUGGAGAGCAACGAUUCGUACAAUUCCUCAGCCGAAGAUCAGCAAGGCUACGGACGGAACUACAACAGGAAUUAUCAAAACGAUUUCCCGCCAAAAACAAGAGGUCUGACCUCACAUGAAUGAAUGAAGGGGAAAAAUCUGCUUAAGGGUAUGAAAAUCGGCACCGAAGCGAUAGUUAUUCCAACCAGUACCAGCAGAGAGACGGCGGCUUCCGAGGCAACCGUGGGCAAGGCUGGAAUAGGUCACAGAAAAUCUCAUCUGAUGAACUAGAUCAUUUUUGCAGUGACCAAAAUCAACGAGGUUUCCGGGGAGGUCGGUCAUUUCGCGGCGGUCGAUGGCCUCCAGGAGGACAACGUGGUCGCUUUUAA